AUGGAUUCUAACAAUAGUCGCAUGGCUAUCAUUUCUCACCCGGAGUACUCCGUGUCUUAUGAGAAUGGCCAGCAGAAAGGCAGCGAUGGAGUUGGCUCGAUUGUCCUCGCUGAUGCUAUCAUUGCUAACACACCCAACGGCAUUCUCACCUCCCUGUAUGCUCAGAACUCGACCUCUCUUCUCCUGCAGAAUGUUGGUUUUUUUAACGUCAAAGAUGCCGUCGUUGACUCUGCCCAGAACAAAGUCCUUUUGGCUGGUGGCAACGAAGUCCUCAAAGAUUCUUGGGGCUUCGGCAUGGUGAACGAUGCCAGCGGUGCCGGUUCAUUCGUUGAUGGUCAGGAUAUUCCCACCAUGAACCGAACGGAAGCGAUAGUCGGUAUUCAAUCAUACGUUAAACCUAAUCUGUUUACUCGUCGUCGUCCCCAAUACGAGGACCUCCGGACAGAUCAAGUUAUCAACGUGAAGAAAAUGGGUGCCAAAGGCGAUGGCAGCACUGACGACACAGCGAUCCUCAAUUACGCCUUCUCUUUCGCUGCGAAUCUCUCAUCUGUUGUGUACAUUCCUUACGGAAUUUAUAAGAUCCAAGACACCUUGCACAUUCCUGUUGGCUCGCGGAUAGUUGGACAGGCCUGGUCCCAGAUCAUGGCGGUUGGAGAUAAAUUUGCCGAUGUUGACAAUCCUCGUGUUGCCGUCAAGGUUGGCUACUCCGGGGAUGUUGGCAUUGUUGAGAUUCAAGAUCUACUUUUCACCGUGUCCGGUCCCACGGCUGGAGUUGUCUUGGUGGAAUGGAAUGUUGAACAAUCUGUGAAAGGUUCUGCCGCAAUGUGGGACUCGCACAUCCGUAUUGGGGGUGCAGCCGGAUCCAACAUGCAAAAGGCACAAUGUCCGAAAAAGACUGGCCAAGUCAACAAAGACUGCAUAGCAGCUUCGCUCCUGCUUCACCUCACUUCUAAAUCCACGGCUUAUCUUGAAAACAUUUGGGUUUGGGUGGCCGAUCAUGAUCUAGAUGUUGCUUCUCAGGAUCAGCUUGACGUCUAUGCAGCCCGUGGAAUUUUGAUCGAGAGCCAGUUGGCAUGGCUUUACGGCACGGCAUCUGAGCACAGCACACUUUAUCAGUAUCAGUUGUCCGGGGCAAAGAACAUCUUGAUGGCUAUGAUUCAAACAGAAUCGCCGUAUUAUCAGCCCGUACCUCCAGCCCCUGGUCCUUUCACCCCCGGCACCUUUGCAAACGACCCACGAUUUGAAGAUCGCGAGCCCAAUUCGGCUUUGUGUGCAGUCUCCUGGGCAGUCAGAAUCAUUGACUCAUCCUCCGUUUGGAUCUUGGGGAGUGGUAUUUACAGCUGGUUCUCGGACUACUCCCAGGACUGUGUUGGCACAAAUAACUGUCAGCAGCGGGCAUUUGGAAUCGAGCAAAGCUUUGACAUCUGGAUCUACAACCUUUGCACCAAGGCCAUUGUGGAAAUGAUUACACCUUUCAAGGGCAUUCCCACUUAUGCCAAGGACAACAUCAACGGAUAUCUCUCCUCCAUUCUCACCUGGCUCGGUGGCACGAACCAGACAGCGGGUGAGCGCGAGUUCGAAGGAUUCGGUAUCUACAGCUCGACCGCACUGGAUGGUGUCAAUUUUUCGAUGAGCUGCAAGACAUCCUUGAUGGAUCGAAUCAAAUGCGACCCGAUGUUGAGCACCAUGAUGAUGGCGACUUACCACGGGUCUCUCUACAACGAGACGCUCACUGAGUCGCUUUGCGAUCCCAGUUGCGGCAAGAGUCUCGGCCAAUGGUUUCAUUCCGUGCAGCAGAAUUGUGCUGAAUACAAUCAAAACGGUAUGCCUAAGAAUUCCUCUAUAUUGCUUCAAUUCUCAUCCGUGUAUUUUGAGACAGACAUCAUCGAUAGCUUCACGCUGGUUUCGAAGACAGAGGACAUGCCUCGGAAUGAAGCAUGCUCUUAUUGCUACACAGAGCGUCUCCAAAUGAUGCAGCGCACACCCUAUUCUGGUUAUGAUGACUACUAUCAGGGUGUUCUCCAAACCAUCAACAAGCGCUGCGGACUAAAUGCACCAACCGACGUUCUCAAGAUUCCGCGAGAUGCCCCCGUUAAAGAAGAUACCUUCUGCUUGUCAGACUCUUUCUACACUACUGUGGAAGAUGAUACGUGUACUUCUAUCGCAAAAGCAAACAAGGUUUCCUCGGCUGCCUUGUACAUGGGUAACCAGGAUCUCAUCUUAGACUGUUCCUCACUCUCAGCCGGUCUAAAGCUAUGUCUCCCACUUUCCUGCAACGCAACCUACUCCAUCGAGCCAGCCGACAAUUGUACAACUAUUGAGUACGCGUACUCCCUUAAAUCCGGCGACGUGCGAAAAUACAACCCCUGGGUCUCCUACGACUGCGAUAAUCUACAAGUAGCGGGCAAGAUCUACGGCACAAAUAUUUGUCUAUCUCUGCAAGGCGGCGAGCAUAGUGGCAAUAGCGCCAACGAUGGCUCGACCACACCAUCGCCAUCCGAUGUAUACGUUUACAAUGCAGUGCCUCCGCCUUCUAAUGCCACACUGGCAGAGGGGACGACGCAGAACUGUGGGAAAUGGCACGAAGCCAUGACUGGGGAUAGUUGUGUGGGCAUAUGUGGCCAAUAUGGCAUCACUCAUGCAGUCUUUGUCAUGGUGAAUCCCUCUUUGGACUCAACUCAUUGCUCGAACACUCUGCAAGCCGGCAAAACUUAUUGUGCGGGCCCAACGUACUCGUGGAACCAGACCGAUGGCAGCAACUCCCCGGCAUUGUCCAUCUAA